AAUCAUUAAUUGCCACGGUAAAAACCAUAGUUAAUUUAUAUUAUUUAAAAAAAAAAAUAAAGGUUGUAAUCCAGUGAAAAAAAAGAAAAAAAAGGAAAGGGGUAAGAUGGCUAGAUUACGCGCCAAUUGUCCCCUCACAUUAUCCACCCACUCCCGCUCUCUCUCUCUCUAACCUGUACAUUCAUGGCUGAUGUAUCAUGUGUAGCUGCAAGAACAAUGCAGAACACUCAGCCGUGUAUGCAUAGGUGAUGGGUAGUUACAUCAAAUUCAAACCAAAAAAUGCAUCAACUUUGUACCUCACUGUUUUCUCAUGAAACCUUUCUCACUCCCUCAUUCAGAUUUUGCAAUCCUUCAAAAUCAAAACCCUCACAACCUUUCCACACUCUCUCUUCUUCUUCUUCUUCGCCAGUCUCUCGACACCCACUCAAAAGGCACAAACCUCAAACCCUCCCCUCCAUACCCAAUCUCAAACGACUCACUUCUCGCAUCGUCCAACUCACUCGCAGGCGACAACUUUGUCAGAUUUUUGAGGAAAUUGAGAUUGCAAAGAAGCAAUGUGGGAAGUUGAAUACAAUUGUGAUGAACGCGGUAAUGCGGGCUUGUGUUCAUUGCGGCGAUGUUGAUUCAGCUCUCCGGGUGUUCGAUGAAAUGUCGAGGCCAGAGAGUUGUGGGGUUGAUGAUAUCACAUAUGGUACACUGUUGAAGGGGUUGGGCGAUGCUCGAAGAAUUGAUGAAGCAUUUCAAUUACUUGAAUCUGUCGAACAAGGCACUGCUGUGGGAAGGCCAAAGUUGUCAGCACCACUUAUCUAUGGUCUGCUAAAUGCUCUUAUUGAAGCAGGGGAUCUACGCCGUGCCAAUGGUCUUCUUGCACGCUAUGAUUUUGUGCUUCAUGAAGGCAGCAGUCCACCGAUCUUGAUUUACAACUUAUUAAUGAAGGGUUAUAUUAGCUCGGAUCUUCCUCUAGCAGCACUAGGUGUCCAUGAUGAAUUGCUACGGCGAGGAAUAAGUCCUGACAGGCUCACAUAUAACACUCUAAUAUUUGCAUGUGUCAAGGCUGAAAAUUUUGAUUUUGCCAUGCAAUUUUUUGAGGAAAUGAAGGAUAAAGCAUUGAAAGUUGGCCAUGGUGAUCUUUUUCCUGAUAUUGUUACUUACACUACAUUACUUAAGGGUUUCGGGCAAGCAAAUGAUCUUCUAUCAGUUCAAAAGAUUGUGACAGAAAUGAAAUCAUGUCAUGGUUUGUUUAUUGAUAGAGUAGCAUACACUGCCAUAGUUGAUGCAUUGCUCAAUUGUGGCUCAAUUAAAGGGGCCCUCUGUAUAUUUGGGGAAAUAUUAAAACGAGCUGGUAGGAAUCCAAACCUGCGGCCGAAGCCUCACCUCUAUCUUUCCUUGAUGCGUGCUUUAGCUGUAAAAGGAGACUACGACACUGUCAAAUGUUUGAACAAACGCAUAUGGCCGGAUUCUGCUGGAACUAUUUCCCCAACAGUUCAGGAAGAAGCUGAUCACCUUCUCAUGGAGGCGGCCCUAAAUGAUGGCCAGGUUGAUGAGGCUGUACAAAAUCUUUCAAAUAUAAUUAAAAGAUGGAAGGGAAUAUCGUGGACAAGUCGAGGAGGAAUGGUUGCUGUACGCAUCGAGGCCUUGCUGGGUUUCACCAAAUCCAUGUUUAGUCCUUAUGUACUUCCACAGAUAUCAGUGGGUGAUGCAAUUGAGUGUAUUAUGAUGCCAUUUGAAGAAGCUCAGCCACUGCAAGCUAACUUGGAGUUGAAGAAAGUGGCCACCCGAUUCUUGAGAGAAUCAGUUGUGCCCAUUGUAGAUGACUGGGGAAGCUGUAUAGGACUACUGCACCGUGAAGACUGCAAAGAGUUGAAUGCGUCACUUUCAGCAAUGAUGAGAAGCCCACCUCCUUAUGUUACGGCCUCAACAUCUAUUAGCCACGUGGUUGAUUUAAUGUUGGAGAAGAGGUACAAAAUGGUUAUUGUUGUUAAAUAUAGCAACUUGUAUAGUCCGUAUUACAACUCAAGUUUAAGGGCGGUCGGAGUUUUUACAUUUGAACAAUUAUCUAAGCUUGCUACACCUGCAUCAGAGGUGCUAAGGCAGCAAUUUCCUAUUUGUAGAAUAUCAUUGUAACAUUGUACAGAUGAGUCAUUAAUUUAUGCUUCUCUAACCUUGAUUGUCAACUUCAGUAAUGCUCUGUAAUCCAUCUAUAUAGAUAUGAAAUGGAUAUAUUCUUUUAAAAAACCUGAA